AUGUUUGAAAGUAGACCCGGGAAGUCCGCCGGCUUGUACCAGGCCACAACGGGAACAAAGUUAGAUCAUUCUAACUAUGUAUACCAUUGUGAUGUCACUACCUAUGAUAUUGUGGAAGAAGAUGGAAAAAACAGAAACACGGGGUUUACAUCAGAAUGUGAAAAAGAAGUCUAUGAAAUUCAGCUACUUCAGCUUCAAGAACAGUUAGAAGCUGCAAUGAUUGAAAAAGAGCAACUUGCCAAAAAGUUGAAGAAGUUUUCUGAGGACUCAUUUAGGAGGCUGGAAGAUGAACUCAAAGCAGAAAAGAGAAAAAACAAGGAUCUUCAACUGAUGAUAACCUCAAAAAAACACAGCGAUUUCAUUCUUCAUUCUUCCACCGAGGCUACCUCUACGACAGAUUUAAAAAGAAUGGGAAGUGAAAGUAAGAAAAAGGGGAAGGCAGAACACAGAUCAAGCAAAACAAGUGCUAUACAAGAGAAGAAAGGAAAUCUUCCAACGAGAAUAAUGGAGAGAGUGGUUCGUUCUUUGUACGACAUUGCAGAUGAUUUCUCCCCCGACACUCCAGUGGAGUCAUCAGAGGAAGAAAAGGACAAACAAGUCAACAUCACAAUUUUAAAAGAGAAUGUCAAAAGGUUUAGCACAGCUAUAAAGCCAUACAUCAGCACAAUAAAAGGAAUAAAGAGUCUCUUCCACUGGGAGACGUCAGCUUAUACGCUAGUAGUCUUCAUGGUUUACAUGUAUGCUGUCUGGCAGGGAAGGGCUGUACAGCUGUUCUUGUUAUGUCUCAUCUUCAGACACUUCAUCAGCUAUCUUCAGAGCUUAGGAAUCAAAAUCAAGUUUAAUUUUCUGGACAGAGAAGAAGUAAACAAAACAAAAAAAGAAGAGCCACCUUUAGGACUAUCAGACAAGAUUAAUGUGGUUGUAGAGGUAGCCAAGAAAGUACAGGAUUUCCUUGGUAAAGCUGCAGAUAGUCUAGAGAAGAUUGAAAGUGUUCUAACAUGGAGAUACCGACCAGCUGCUCAGCGUGUGUUUCUGGGUCUCUGUGGUUGUCUAGUCAUGUCUGCAGUGAUGGACUUCGACUUGUUGCUUUGUAUUAUGGGUCUCAAUAUGGGAAUAAAGCUCUUUUUAGUUGACUAUAUUUACUACAAAUUUCCAAGAGUUAAAAGAAGAUAUGAUUCAGUUUAUAGACUGUGGAAGGCUCUUCCGACAAAAGAGGAAUGGCAAAAGACACACAUCCAGUCACAGAUAGACAAGUAUGUAUUGUCAGAUGCCAAUAAGGAGAAUGAGGACCAUUCAACCAAUACUGCCUCAGGAGAGGAAAGUCCAGAACCCCACACAGAGGCAGAUCUAUCAGCGGAAGACAAAUCUUUCUGUCAACUCUUCUGUUUGCCAUCCUCAGAAGUACCUCUACAAGGUUGGCGUGGUGGAAGGCGCUGUACACUGGUGAACAAGGAGAAGAGAGGAAUAGGGGCAUUUAAAAAUGGAAAACUUUACUUAACUAAAAGCUUUCUUUGUUUUGAAAGAAAACGCAGUCCAACAAAAGAAAACCUGCUUAUUCCACUGGUUGAUGUAGAGGCUGUAAAUAAGGCUAAACCAUAUCAAUUUAUGCUGGGUACAGGAAUGGCAAUAGAAGUUAUGGUGAAAGACAAGAGUUUUAUAUUUGGCGGUAUUCUGAGUCGGGACGAUGCUUACAAUAGUAUACAACAACACGGUAUAAACAACGAAUUGCCAUGGGCAACUGGAAUACCAUUGGAUGAAUCCCCCUCGCCACGCCUAGAUAUUGUAAGAUUGACAGAAAAUAAACAGAACUUCAGUUUCCCAGCUGAAUAUAGUGAUUUUGAUUAAAUAUACUGUACUUUGAAGUUUAUAAUUAAAAUGGCAUUUUUAUGUUGAAAACAUUGCCAUGCAACAGUUGUCAAAUUCUACAUGAAGCAUGAAUUUUCAGAAUCGUUAUUGUGAUAUUUAUUAGUUACAAUUUCCAUGACAUCUCCAGUACAGAAGUGCCAUGUAGAUUUAUUCAAUUUCUUUGUACAAUAAUUAUAUAUAUAUAUUUACAAAAUAAUUUUUAUAUAUUUAUAAUCAUUUUCAGUCAUAGCUUGUGU